AUGGCCCGUUUCAUUCCCAUGAUCGGUUACCAUCACGUGCUUAUGAUAAUCAUUGCAGUUACCAUUAUUCUUCUCUCCCUCUUAUUGGCCGGAUGCUCGUCGUCCUCUCCACAAAUGCCCAGCAUAUUCUUGAUCUCUCUCUAUUAUCAACGCUACGACCCCGUCUUUAAUCUUGCCCAAGUGGACCCUGGCGUAGUGCAAGCAACAGCGAACAUUGUCGGAGGAGCGCAGAUGGAAGUCCGUGUGGGGUACUUCGGAAUCUGCGUAUCGCCAUCAGGAGGCGCCUACAUAUGCAAUUCAAAUGCGACGGCCCUGGCUGAGGUCGUCACUGUUGACCAAGAUCCGCUGAACCUGAUUUGGGUAGCAUCGACGUUUAAGGAUGCUGUGGUCUUCCCCUAUCUCCUAAUCGUUGCCGUUAUCCUCGCAUUUUUCUGCUUCAUCCUGCUGGCUACUUUCCCUGGAUGGCACGAAGAAAUUGACUCGAGCGGCUCUGAGCGUGAGGUGAAGCCGUUCCCUUCCCGGCCCGUGUCCCAGGCCGCGUUGGCUCUAAUUUUCGUGGCAUCCGUUUUUGUGCUGGUCUCGGUCCUAUGGCAGCACACUGCGUCCGUCGCCGCAAGCACCAUUGCCCAAGACAUGGGCAACGGCAGUGUCAAGAGUGGUGUAGGCAGCUCUGCGAUGGUUCUCGGAUGGUUUGGAUUUGGCUUGAUGGUGGUGACGACGAUAGGCUUGCUGGUGAUGAUUCUCAGCAUCAAGCUGAUACGGCAGUUGACGGAUGAAGAAUAA